AUGUGUAAGUCCGAAACUUACGUGCUGGACGCCAGCUUCAAUCCCGAAGAGUUUGUGGAGGAUAUCAAGAAGGCAAAGGCUGCCGUAGGAGAAGCUAGCCACGAGGAUGCGCAGCACUUGCAACGCUUGGUCUUCAUUUCUCAAGUCCUUCUCUACGGCGGACAUGUCCUGCUGCUGACCGGUGCAGCGUUGCCGUUCGGCGCGACAGCGCUGCUGAGUCUCAGCGCAGGUGCCUUGAUGAUCGCCUACGCGAGGUGCAUGAAAUGGGCCAUCAUUGGACACCACGUGUCACAUGGAGGCUAUGACAGCUUGCAGAAGAACCAUCCGGAUGCCCUGCCCAAGCAUUACAAGCGAGGAGUUUUUGCCAUUGGCUUCCGCAGGUUCUUCGAUUGGUUGGAUUGGAUGUUGCCCCAGGCUUGGGAUGUGGAGCAUAACAAGGCCCACCACUACUACCUCUCAGAGGAGAAGGAUCCAGACCUCGUUGAGCACAACUUCGAACUGCUCCGUGCCAUGCCUCUGCCGAAAGCGUUGAAGUACGCCUCGAUGACGCUUUGGGUCUUCACGUGGAAGUUCACCUACUAUUCACCCAAUACCUACAAGGAGUUGGCGCUGUCCAAAAAGGACAGCUGGUUGGCCCGCAAUUGGCCUAGCUGGUCCAAGAAAACGGAUCCCGUGGUGGUCUUCGACGCCCUGCGGAUGCCGGUAGAGGCCUUGUGGAAGGGGAAACCGAAGGAUGCCCUCUUCUGGACCGUUUUUUUCGCGGAGUGGAGUCUUGCAAUUUUACCCAUGCUCAUUUCUGUGGCGCUCCCUGCUGUGUGGCCGCUCCUCUUGGGCCACUUUGGGCUUUGGUUUGGCGCCAGCAGAGCGACAGAGGCGGCCGUGCGUGCUCUGGUGACAGCGGUGGUGGCAGAUAUGUUUUCCAACGCCCAUGCCUUUGUCAUCAUCGCAUGCAACCAUUCGGGCGGCGAUCUCUACCGCUACUCCACCUCGUGCAAAGCAUACUCUGCGGAGUUUUUGCUCCGUUGUGCCUAUUCCUCCGCCAACUUCGAGUGUGGUAAUGAUUUGGUGGACAUCACCUAUGGCUGGCUGAACUACCAGAUUGAACACCACAUGUUCCCAGACAUGACUCCUUUGCAGUACCGCAAGUUUCAGCCGCUUGUGAAGAGCAUCUGCAAGAAGCAUGGUGUGAUGUAUGUCCAGCAGAAUGCCCUGAAACGCACUUGGAUGAUGUUUCAGGUGGCUGUUGGUGAUGCAGAAAUGAAACGCUGCACUGCUUUAGUUCCUCCGUCAGCGUACAAGUCUCCUGUGGAAAGUUUCACCGUCGCGGGGGCGUAA